GGCAUUGGCGGGCUUUUACUUUGUUAUGAUAUUUUAAGGUUACUCAAUUCAUCAACAGUCUCGGUUGUUACUCUCGAAAAUUGUGCAAAUACUUAAGUUUACGUGAAUAACAGUUAAUAGACGUCAUGGCAAAUGUUCAACCAUUAAAAGCCAUGAAUCUGGACCCGAACCAGAUCCAGGGGUUCAUACGCUUCUACAAAAACAUGUCCGAGAAAAGCGCUUCGACCGUGCGAAUUUUUCAUCACGCCGAGUUUUAUUCUGUACAUGAGGACGACGCUACUCUUGCCGCUGAAAUUGUUUUCAAAAAUAAUGUUACGAAAUACAUGGGCACGGAAAAACUGCCGUAUUUAUGUUUGAGUGAAAACAAUUUUGAGAAUUUCAUCCGUGAAUUACUCCUCGUCCGGCAAUAUAGAGUGGAAGUCUAUGAAAAAGUAUCACCUCCGCGCGUCAACGACUGGAAAGUCGAAUACAAAGCAUCACCUGGUAAUCUACAACAGUUUGAGAGUAUUUUGUUUGAAAACAAUCGCGAUAUGGUGAUUAGUACUUCUGUCAUGGGAGUACAUUUAAGGGGUCAUUCCAUUGGGCUAGCUUGUGUGAAUACAACCGAAUGUGAUAUCACAGUCACCGAAUUCGAUGAUAAUGAAUUUUUCUCGGAGCUUGAAGCUGUUGUGGCGUACGUGAAUCCCAAGGAAUGCGUCAUUCCAUCGGGCAGUUCGAAAGAACUGGAAACUCUAAAGGAGAUGCUGGAGCGUAAUGACGUUCUGGUGGGAACAAGCAAAAAAGAAGAUUAUGACGAGUCUAAAUUAGAUCAGGACUUGAAUCGUUUGCUGUAUUUCGCCGAAAAUCAAACGCGCAAUGUACACGCUUUCAGCGAACGCAAAUUGACUCAGGCUAUGUGUUCUGCUCGAGCUGUAAUUAAUUCUUUGAACUUGAUGUCCGAUACGCAGAACUUUAACCAGUACAGAUUGAAAUCAAUGAAUCAAAAACGUUUGGUGCGCAUUGAUAAUGCCGCCAUUUACGCGCUUAAUUUAUUAGCAAAACCUGGAACUGUUAAUAAUCAGUUUGAUACUGUUUAUGGCGUACUGAAUAAUUGUUCGACCCCACAAGGAAAGCGUUUGUUGCAAAUGUGGAUUAAACAGCCUAUCCGUGAUCUGAAUAUUUUAAACGAUCGUCUAGAGGUUGUUCAAGCUUUGGUGCAGGACGCAGAUGCGCGAUCGCAGUUAUCGAAGUACAGAUUGAAACUUCCUGAUUUAUUAAUGUUGGCGAAACGUCUGGCCACGAAGAAAGCUACGCUCCAGGAUUGUUUCAAAGUGUAUCAAGCGUUGGAUUUGAUCCCUGCUCUGGUAGAAACCUUGCAAAACAUCAAUAAUGCUGCGGUCGUUGCUUUGAUUGUUGAUCCGAUAUGUGAGCGUUUAGAAGAGUUACAAAAGUACCAACGCAUGAUUGAAGAAACCAUGGAGUUGAGUUCGGUCGACAGAGAUGAAUAUUUCGUCAAACCAUCUUAUGAUCCGGUUCUGCAUGAUUUAUUCAAUCGCAAACAAAUAAUUGAAGAUAAAAUGCAAUCGUUACUAAAACGUGCUGCAAAUGAUUUGGGUUACGAAGCAGGAAAAACCAUAAAGUUGGAUUGCACAAAUCAACAUGGUUACUUCUUCAGAGUGACUCUCAAAGAAGAACAAGCGAUGAGAAAGAAUAAAUCUUACACGAUUUUUGACGUGGUCAAGGGAGGUGUACGAUUUAAUAAUGAAAAACUAGCUUCAUACAAUGAUGACUAUAAAGAUAUCAAGAAAAAUUACGAGGAACAACAAGAAACUGUCGUUGAUGAGAUUAUUCAAGUGGCUUCGGGGUAUGCGGAUGUGAUUAAGAGUAUGAAUCAAUCGAUUGCCAUUGCGGAUGUAUUGGUUAGUUUUGCUGUGUGUGCUGUAAAUGCACCUAUUCCAUACGUGAGACCCAAUUUGAUGCCGAUGGGAAGUGGAAUUUUGCGGUUGAAGAAAGCAAGACAUCCAUGCCUAGAACGACAGGAUGAUAACUGCAUUCCGAAUGAUGUAGACUUUAUGAAGGACGAGUGCACUUUUAAGAUUAUUACCGGGCCCAAUAUGGGUGGUAAAAGUACUUAUAUAAGGACUGUGGGCGUGUGUACUUUGUUAGCUCAUAUUGGAUGUUUUGUACCAUGCGAAGAAGCUGAUAUCUCAAUAGUGGAUAGUAUUGUUACAAGGGUCGGGGCUGGUGAUUGUGAGUCCAAAGGAUUGUCCACUUUCAUGAUGGAGAUGAUUGAUACCAGCAGUAUUAUUAGAUGCGCAACAUCGAAUUCCUUGGUGAUUAUUGAUGAACUGGGUCGUGGGACAUCUACAUAUGAUGGUUGUGGUAUUGCAUGGGCGGUUGCUCAGCAUUUGUCUAGAGAAACUAAAGCUUUUACGCUUUUUGCCACGCAUUAUCAUGAAAUUACGCAACUUGAGAAUGAUAUUCCGACUGUAGCCAAUUAUCACGUCAGUAUGAUAUUGACUGAUAAUGCAAUCACACCCUUGUAUUCUAUUAAGGAAGGAAUUUGUGAUAAGAGCUACGGUAUUCAAUGCGCAAAAGUUGCCGAUUUUCCCGAGAAUGUUAUUAAGUGGUCUACAGAAUAUUUGAAAGAAUUAGAAUGUGCUGAUGGGUUGAAGAAUAUUCAGAAUUUUGAGCCACGUAUACGACAGAAAACUAUUGCAGAUGGCGAUGACAUUGCCGAAGCAAUACGUGUCCGAUUAGAAGAGAAGUUCAAAAAGGAGAGCUUUUCUAAAGAUGAUCUUGCUUUGGAGCUGAUGAAAAUCAAAGAUGAGUUGUCCACGAGUGGUAAUUUAUUUAUCCGUGGUCUACUAACAAACUAAACAGUUGAUUUUUUUUACAAUUUGUUUCUAUUUUAUUAUAUUUUAACGAUUUUAUUGUUCCGGAUUUGUUUCAUCAGCUGUGCCAUCUAUUUUUUCGUUUUCAUCAUCUACAAAUGAAUAUUUUUAUACUUUUGCAUUAA